UUGUUGGCUGCUGUUUGGUCGACCCAGCUGAGGCGAAAAUGGGAGCAUCGUAAUAAUAGUAGAUUCAAGUAAUCUUGGUUUGGUGGGUUGGAAAUAUUUGAAAAAAAAGUUUUGUGAAAGUGCUUAAGAGUAACGUGGCGAGUGUGAUGGCAGGUCAAUAAUAGGCAUCGACGAGUUGUUAGUGACACAUAAAAUAAAAUUCGUCGUCUCCUCUACUAGUAAUUUCAAGUUUGGGAAGAAGGCAAUACGUGUGUAUUAUGUAGAUGGGUUUCAAAUUGAACAGAUUGUAGAUACGAUUACUAGACGACAUAGUUUAAUCAAAAUCGAAUGAUCUUAUGACAUAUGGAGGUUUGAUAAUUGAUUAAAUAUUAAUAAGGUCUUUCAACACAUUGCUUUGUGUGAAAUUAUAAAUUAUUGGGAGAAAGAGAGAUCUUAUCGGUUUUCUGGAUUUAAGAACCAGGACUCUUCCCAAUUCUUAAAUAAGUGACGACGACGUCCCUGCCUGAGUGCAGGGAGUUCAGGGGGUUUUAUACCGGACGGAGUUUUUGGUCCUUGUGGACUUAAUUUGCUAAAAUUGAGGGCCUAGACGACCCACUGGGGGACGGCGAGGGUAUGGAGCACGAGAAGCGGAUGCGGCGAGAAAUCGCCAAUUCGAAUGAAAGACGCCGCAUGCAAAGUAUAAACGCCGGCUUUGCAGGACUACGAAAUCUCUUACCGAACCAUGAAGGUGAAAAAUUGAGCAAGGCGGCAAUUUUACAACAAACGUCAGACUAUAUAUUUCAGUUAUUACAAGAAAAAAAUAAAGUGGUGAGUUAUAAUAAUCAGCUGAAACGAGCCGUGAAUCAGAACGGAGGUGAUGCAACGGUUGGAACUUAUUCAUCCCCUCAGUCCCCUGCAGUUGAUGUACCAAGUGUAACGAAAAGACGGAAGACCAUUGAUGGCGCACUAGAGUCUGCUGAUGAAGGGAUUGGGAGUAUGUCUCCUGAACAUAGUGUAACCAGCGACGAAGCACGGGCCGAAAUGCUAGAGCUACGUCGGGAAACGUUAGAGUUACGCCACGCUCUAGAAAGAGAAAGAAGACACCGCAUAGGAUUGGAAGAACAUAUUGCUAUCCUACAACAGCAACUGAAUGCUUACUCGAGAAAGUUCGACAAUGAGAGGAUGCAAUCAUCAGAAGAGGUUGAAUCUCUUCAAGGGACCAACCGGAACGCAUACAAAGAGACAGCAAGAUGUUAUACCAUUAGAAAUAAUUUGGAGACUAUAGUUGAAGCUAUUCGACAUCUGGAAGGAGAUCAUUUGUUUUCGGAUGACCGCAUAAAUUUCACUCGUUCGUCCUCUCCUCCUUCUGCUUCUCCACGCGGAAUGGACAUUUCCAUGUCGGCAUCUGCAUCGCCAAAUUGUUCUCAAACCACAGUUGAGGUCCCCCUUGCGUUGACUGCUACGCUAUCAACAUCUUGUCAGGCCUCACCUAUGGCGACUGCAUAUAGUGGUUCUUCUGGAGUGGCUCCAGGGACGAUAAGUACGCCUACAGCUAUAAUAAUGAAACAACAACACGUAGUUACACCUCCUGUUUCUCGUAUUGUUGAAGUUGAGGAUCAGCCAAUAAAUCUCGAGUUUAGGCCUGGUCUUUCACGUAGCCCAUCACCAUUCAAUAACCAAACAUCACCUUCAAGUUGUCAGCAACAACAACUCCGGCCCGGAGUAAUUGUUGUGAAGCAUUCAUAAGUUUAUACUAUCUUAACAGCAGAGGCUGUUGAGUGUUCACGGUGACUUAUUCUGUUAUGUAUUCUCUCUUUACUAAUUACAUAUGCUUUCGUUAUUGACUAUAUCGCGGUAUUUGGUUAGACUUAGAUUAUAAUCACUGCGUCAACAUUUUAUAUUGCGUCUCUUUCUGACAGAGAAUUCGGCGUACAUAUAGUAAGGUAUGUAAUAGUAUGUAGUAGUGAUACAUAUUGUGAGCAUAGUAGAUAGAUACACACCCACCCAGUUUCAGUUCGAUGAUUAAUUUUUGUAUUUCCUAAACAAGAAUUAGCAGUUACCCAACCAAAAUAAUUGGUUUCUUUUAAAUAGAUCGUUUCGUAACUUCGAUUUGUUACAGCCACGCGUGGGUUUGAAAAACCCUGCAAACGCGCGAAGGAGUUUGCCGGGACUAGAGGGGGCCAGGACCUUUUCCAUAAGGCCCGUGUUAAAAUUUCAGGGAUUUUGUCCCCCCGUUUGCCCCCCGGGAUGAAACCAGACAUCGCACCCACGCGUGAGCCACGUUUGUCGUUCUUUUGCAAAAAGACAUGGAGUUACAUAUAUGAAGUUGCUUUAAAACAUCGUCGGUUCCUGUAGAGCUUAAUAAAUGAUUGAGAGUUAUGUUAAUUAACCACCAUGACGACCUGUAGCAAAUGGAAAGCUUUAAUGACCUGGAUUGUGCUAAUACAAUCAUUUUCGUACAGAAUUUCUAAUUCCCGAAUGAAAUCAUCAUAUAGGAUAUUUUUUAGAGUUUCAAUAAUGAAGUUUGCAGCUACCAUUUACGUAUAACUAACUACUAAAUUAGACAUUUGCUGAACUGAGAAACUGACUUUGAACACUUUGGAGCUACAAAUAGUAAUAUAUGAUUAAUUACUUCUUAUUCUCUGGCUGUUCCCAACCGAGCGAGUUACAAGUAAGAAAUAGAAAGGCAAAUUAUUCUGUGACGAUGAAUACUACUUGCCUCUUUCUUUACGGUCAUGUUAAUAAUGCUCUAUUAUGGUUUGAGCAGAAAUUCUAUUUUACUUUCACUUUGGUUAAUUCAUGGCCCUAGUCAAUUUCCGUUACAUAAUCUUGUCCUAUGAAUUAGCACAUCCAUUUUUCAUUUCUUACAAAAAAAUGUAACAAAAUUUAUCUUUUCAACACUCCUGAAACUUUAAAUCACACCGCAAUAUGUAACCUUAUUUAUGUACCUCUCUCGUGUUGGAGUGUUAAAAAGUUUCAUAUAAUUUUGCGUGUAGGUUAAAAAUUCUCUCUGAUCCUGAACCCUUGAAAUAAUUUUGUUUAUUAUUUUUCAAAACAUUUGAAAGAAACCCAUUUUAUUAUUUCAAAAUAUUUUCAACUACUAUUAACGCCAUAUAGCUAUAAAAAAAUAAUAAUCUAUAAAAAUGACAGAAUUGGAGACUAGCUCAGAAAUAGCCCUUUUCAAGUGACGCUUGAGGAGAUAGAUCUGAUUUAACUACAAGUAAAGCCAGUUAAUUAUGUGUGGCUGCAUUUAUUAUUUUGAAACAAUCCAUGUAUUACGUUAUAUUCAUUGUGUAUAAUUACAUAAUAGACACAUAGAUAUAUACAUACAUAUAUAUUUACUAUAAUAUGGUCUCUUUUCACAGCUUUCGUUGAAGUGAAAUUUAAUCACCUUGAUUACUCUGCACCCCAAAAUAUUGGUUAGAAUUAGCGGAAAUGUUGUUUGGCGUGGAGUUAUAUUUCUUGUAGCCUGAUGAUGUUGAUGAUAUGUCUUCCGUAAAUAACAUUGUUUGAAUAUCUAAUUCCAAAAGCCACUGCCAUAUAUAGACGACGCCGAAUAUCUACCGGUUCAAGUUACUUCCACCAUCUAAAAAAUAAGUAUUAAAUGCACUAAAACAAAUGUAACUGCGGAAAGUGAAUGUAUGCAGCCACUGCAAACAUAUGAUAUGAUGUCUUAUCUAUCUUGACGAAACGGAUAAGUACACAGCAUUGAUUCCCUCAAUCAAAAUACAGAAACAUUAAUAAUUAAAUAGGAUCAAGGCGGUAUAGUAUGAUGAUAGUAUCGUUCAAAAAAUGUUGUGAAAGUCGUUAAGAUGAUGCCUUUAAACCUCUAUGCUGUAAAAACUGGACUGGAAACCUAUGUAAUAAUAAUAUGUAUUUAAAAUCCCGUUCAGUUCCUUAUUAUGUGGUGGAACUGAAAUUGAUACAAGUAGCAUUAAUGGCAUAGCGCUUGUUGGGUUGGCGAAUAAUAGUAAUAAUAUUAUUGGAACGAGUCGUCUAGAUCUGGCCACACCCAGACCACACCCCAAAUCUGUUUCUUUUUAUGUACGUAAAGUGCGUGGAUUUUUGAGGAUGAGAGAAGCAGUACCUGUUCGACAGGAAAUCUGAGGACUGAUGAAUUUUUACUUAUUAUGAGAAACUUAUAUUUAUUUAAUUUAAGGUUACAUAUAUAAUUUAGGUAUCAUGCCUCCUCAUUCCUUAUACGUUGAACCUGAUUUAUUGAAAAGUUGGAAAAGCCAAACCUACCUACCAAAAAAUCCUUAUACUUUGAUGGUUUAAUCAUCUUUUUAACCCUGAUUAUUUCUUAUGACAGCAAAAUAUAUCAUUUUUUGUCUUAAAUAAUAACACUGUUUGCUGUCAGGUCAUGCAAUUCGUACAAUUUGUAAGAAAAAUGUUUUCACAUCACGAUUUUAUUAUUCUUGAUUUUUUUUCAGGGUAGUUGACAAGAAUGGCGUAAUUUAAUAAUAUUCGUAUGAAUUUUAUUAUUAACCAAUUUAGAAGUCUCUGCAAAAUUCGGUAUGAUUCAUAUAAUCUGCUGUUACUGCUGCUGAGUUUCAAAUGUUAAAAAAUAUGAUGCAAAAAUGUUGUUAAUUUAAAAAUUCAGUAAUAAUCAUAUAGCAAUGUCACACAUAGACUCCUUAAUAAUUAUCAGUUGAGUAGUUUUUAAAUAUGUAACUGAAAAAAUGUUGAGCUAAGGAAAAUAUCAUGGUUUUUGUUUCUUCGUAUUAUGACAUUGUAGAAAAACAACACGUGUUUUGUGUUAUCUGGUUUGCAAAUAUGACGAAACAAGUUAAGUAUGAUAAAUGACGGGAAAGUAUCAUAAAUAUACCAAUUACUGUUAAAAAACUGACCUUAUUCAUCCUCUGUCAGUUUCUUCUGUUUAUGCAUACUUACCCAGUAAGAGUUUAAUAAAUUUCCUAUACAAAUGACACAAAU